GGUGCGAUCAGACGGAAGAGCGCUGCUCUCUGUGGCUUUUCUCUUACAUCAGAUUUAACCCCUCGUGUGUUUCCUCUCCAGAAUCUCCGAGCUCCAGACACCAGCUGAGCACCAGAGACAAGACGCGGGUCCCCGGCACCAUGGCGAGCCGGCCGGUGCUCCUCCUCCUCGGGUUGUUGGUCGUCGUUCUCUGGCCGGGCAUCGAAGGAACUUUACCCACUGUGUCCAAGCAGCGUCUGAAAGGGAGAUUUCAGCGGGACCGGCGGAACAUCCGCCCGAAUAUCAUCCUCGUCCUGACCGAUGACCAGGACGUAGAGCUCGGCUCCAUGCAGGUGAUGAACAAGACCAGGCGGAUCAUGGAACAGGGCGGGACGCACUUCGUCAACGCCUUCGUCACCACGCCCAUGUGCUGCCCGUCCCGCUCCUCCAUCCUGACCGGGAAGUACGUGCACAACCACAACACCUACACCAACAACGAGAACUGCUCCUCGCCGUCCUGGCAGGCCCAGCACGAGACCCGCACGCUCAUGAUUUUCCUCUCCUCUCUUCCAGCUUUCUUUGGCAAGUACCUGAACGAGUACAACGGCUCGUACGUGCCCCCGGGCUGGAAGGAAUGGGUCGGCCUGGUGAAGAACUCUCGUUUUUACAACUACACGCUGUGCCGAAACGGCGUCAAGGAGAAGCACGGCUCGGACUACGGCAAGGAUUACCUGACGGACCUCAUCACCAACGACAGCAUCAGCUUCUUCCGCACCUCGAAGAAGAUGUAUCCUCACCGGCCCGUGCUCAUGGUGCUGAGCCACGCGGCCCCCCACGGCCCAGAGGACGCUGCCCCGCAGUAUUCCCAGAUGUUCACCAACGCCUCCCAGCACAUAACGCCGAGCUACAACUACGCCCCGAACCCCGACAAGCACUGGAUCAUGAGGUACACGGGCCCCAUGAUGCCCUUAGUUCCACCACAGCUGGAGGGCCGGAGAUGGGAGAUUUCGGCUGAGGUUGAUGUUGGCGUGUUGCUGUAUCUGCAGAUCUAUGACAUGUUGGUGGAGACAGGGGAGAUGGAGAACACGUAUAUCAUCUACACGUCUGAUCACGGCUAUCACAUCGGACAGUUCGGAUUGGUGAAAGGGAAAUCCAUGCCGUACGAAUUCGACAUCCGGGUGCCCUUCUAUAUCCGGGGGCCCAACGUGGAGGCCGGCGCACUGAAUUCGCACAUCGUGCUGAACAUCGACCUGGCCCCCACCAUCCUGGACAUCGCCGGCUUGGACAUCCCCCCAGACAUGGAUGGAAAAUCCAUCCUGAAACUGCUGGACACGGAGAGGCCGGUCAACAGGUUCCAGGUGCAGAAGAAGGUGAAGGUGUGGAGGGAUUCAUUCCUGGUGGAGCGCGGUAAGCUGCUACAUAAGCGAGAGGUGGAGAAGCCAGAUGCCCAAGAGGAGAACUUUCUGCCCAAGUACCAGCGAGUCAAAGAUUUGUGCCAACGAGCCGAAUAUCAGACGGCCUGCGAGCAGCUGGGACAGAAAUGGCAAUGCGUGGAGGACGCGACCGGAAAGCUGCGACUACACAAGUGUAAAGGGAUGGCGAGUCUGAAGGCCGCCCCCAGCGCUGCCAAGAAAUCCCCAAAUCUGAUGAGCAAUCACUACGCCAGCGACGAGUGCAACUGCGACCCGAUCACCUACAAGAUAACGCCGCUGGGCCGCCGCAAGAAGCUCCUCACCAAGAAAAAGUACAAGGCCGGCUAUCUCCGGAACCGCUCGGCUCGCUCGGUGACGGUGGAAGUGGGCGGGGAGAUCUUCACCAUGGCGUUGGAGCGGGAGUACCAGCCGGUGCUGAAGAGAAACUUCACCAAGCGUCACAUGUCCACCCCGGAGGAUGACGAGGACAAAGAUGACGAGGAUUUCAGCGGGACGGGAGGUCUCACCAACGAGCUGAUGGUGCCCAGCGGUCUGAAAGUGACACACCGGUGUCACAUCCUGGCCAAUAACACGGUGCAGUGUGAUGUGGAUGUGUACAAGUCUCUGCAGGCCUGGAAGGAUCACAAACUCCACAUUGACCACGAGAUCGAGACAUUGCAGAACAAGAUCAAAAACCUGCGGGAGGUCAGAGGUCACCUGAAGAAGAAGAGGCCGGAGGACUGCCCCCUCUGACCAUUGGCUGCCUGCCCCGCCCCCUCGACCAUUGGCAUUGUCUGCAGGAAUCCGGUGAAGUCUCAGGACAAGAUGUGGGUCCUGCGGGAACAGAGACGUAAGAAGAAGCUGCGCAAGCUGCUGAAGAGGCUGAAGAACAACGACACUUGUAGCAUGCCGGGACUGACCUGCUUCACCCACGACAACCAGCACUGGCAGACCGCCCCCUUCUGGACACUUGGGUCGUUCUGUGCUUGUACGAGUGCCAACAACAACACGUACUGGUGCCUGAGGACCAUCAACGAGACGCACAACUUCCUGUUCUGUGAAUUCGCAACGGGCUUCCUGGAGUAUUUUGAUCUCAACAUUGAUCCGUACCAGAUGAUAAACGCGGUGAACACUCUGGACAGAGACGUCCUCAAUAACUUACAUGUUCAGCUGAUGGAGCUGCGGAGCUGUAAGGGGUCCCGGCAGUGUAACCCGCGGACCCGCUCCCUGGAUCUCGGGCUGCAGGAUGAAAGUUUUGAACAAUACCGGCAACUUCAGCGACGGAAGUGGCCAAAAACGAAGAGACCUCCCUCUAAAUCCUUAGACCAGUUUUGGGAAGGUUGGGAAGGUUAAAGGCUUCGCACAGGAAGACUCUUCGAAACAACUGGAACCAUCGUUCACAUUUGAAGACCACCUUCAGGGGGAUGCUGGAGGACGCUUCUUCACCCUGAUGGAUUGUGGGUAGAUAGUCCGCGCUGUGGGAGGACUUAGAGACAGAUAAAGAUACUUGUGACUAAUGACAUGACCAGAGGAGCGCAAUCCUCUCUAAAAACUCCACUUCUUGCAC